AUGGCGUACAUCGAGAAGACGUACGGGCUCACGACGAUCCCGGACACGAACGUCGACGUGUUGCCCGCGGACCAGGAGCUCACGACAGACAUCCCGCUCGACACCACCUACAUCGACCUCAUCCACCUCAAGAUCGGCUCGCUCGAAAACCUCCGACUCGAGCGCUUCACGCAGCUCGAGAGCAUCAACCUCCGGGACAACCUCAUUGUGCGGCUCAACGCGUUGAAACACAUCGACCCGCAGUGCAAGCUGCGGAUCAAGGAGCUCGACUUCUACGACAACCGCAUCAAACACAUCUCCAGCCACGUGAACGAGUUUACCAACCUCGAGAUCCUCGACCUCAGCUUCAACAACAUCAAGCACAUCAAGCACGUCGAAAACCUCACCCGGCUCGAAAACCUCUACUUUGUCCAGAACAAGAUCUCCAAGAUCGAGAACCUCGACAGAAUGACGCUCCUCCAGAACUUGGAGCUCGGCGGCAACCGCGUCGAGACCAUCGAGAACCUCGACUCCCUCGUCAGCCUCCGCCAGUUGUGGCUCGGCCAGAACAGGAUCUCCCGCCUCGAGGGCCUGGCCCGGCUCCGCAACCUCCGCGUCUUGAGCAUCCAGAGCAACCGCAUCGAGAAGAUCGAGGGUCUCGACGGCCUCACCGCCCUCGAGGAGCUCUACCUCUCCAACAACCGCAUCUCCAAGCUCGAGGGCCUCGACGCCCUCGUCAACCUCCAGGUGCUCGACGUCACCAGCAACGCCAUCGCCAAGCUCGAGGGCCUCGACGCCCUCACCCAGCUUACCGAUUUCUGGUGCUCCUACAACCAGGUCGCCGACUACUCCAACAUCCACGACGCCCUGCAGCACGCCACCAGCCUCGAGACCGUCUACUUCGAAGGCAACCCCAUCCAGCUCAAAGACCCGACCAUGUACAGGACAAAGCUCCGGCUCUGUUUCGGAGACUCGUUGCAGAAGAUCGACGCGUUGUACGUAAGCACCGGCCGCAUGGUGGGCCAGUAG